GAGGCGGGCGGGGCGGCUGGGGCCGAGCCCUGAGCUCUGGGCGGUCGCAUUGUUUUCCUCCGCGGAUCUGCGGAGGGAGUUGGGGCUACCCCUCGGACCCAGGACUCCGGUUACCCGACAGCGCCCCGGAGCCUCUGUCCAAGCACCGUUCAGUCGGGAGGCUCAUCGCCGGAGCCCCAACGGCGGAUUGCGAACUCUGCGCGGCGCGGAGCUGCUGGCUGCCCGCCGCUAUCUAGGUCCUGCUGACCCGGAUCUCGGAGCGAGUACCUCGGGGGAAACUAAGGCUCGGAGACCCGUGGAGAAGCAGACCCCGCGGGGAUGGGAAAGGGGGACGAGUCGUUCCGGACUUUGGUAUCAGUGGUCUCGUAUCCCCUCAGAAGUCUGUUAUCCCUCUUCAUCCCCCCACAGGAUUCACCACCCUAGGGCCAGCAUAUGGGUGAGGGGGCACCCCCUGGGGCCUGAGCUGGCCCGCACAGGAUGCCCGGAGCCCCCCACUUCAUGCCCUUAUUGCUGCUGCUGUUGCUGCUGUCACUCCCACAUGCCCAGUUGGCCUUUCCCCAGGACCCCCUCCCUCUGUUGACCUCUGACCUGCAAGGUACUUCUCCAUUGUCCUGGUUCCGGGGCCUGGAAGAUGAUGCUGUGGCUACAGAACUUGGGCUGGAUUUUCAGAGAUUCCUGACCUUGAACCGGACCUUGCUAGUGGCUGCCCGGGAUCACGUUUUCUCCUUCGAUCUUCAAGCCCAAGAAGAAGGGGAGGGGCUGGUGCCUAACAAGUUUCUAACAUGGAGGAGCCAAGAUAUGGAGAACUGUGCUGUUCGGGGAAAGCUGACGGAUGAGUGCUACAACUACAUUCGAGUUCUUGUUCCCUGGGACUCGCAGACGCUCCUUGCCUGUGGAACGAACUCAUUCAGCCCUGUAUGCCGCAGCUAUGGGAUAACGUCACUGCAACAGGAAGGUGAGGAGCUGAGUGGGCAAGCUCGAUGCCCCUUUGAUGCCACCCAGUCCAAUGUGGCCAUCUUUGCAGAGGGCAGCCUGUACUCAGCCACAGCUGCAGAUUUCCAGGCCAGUGAUGCAGUGGUUUACAGAAGCCUUGGGCCUCAGCCCCCACUCCGUUCUGCCAAGUAUGACUCCAAGUGGCUCCGAGAGCCACACUUUGUUCAUGCCUUGGAGCACGGAGACCAUGUCUACUUCUUCUUCCGAGAAGUCUCUGUGGAGGAUGCCCGGCUAGGGAGGGUGCAGUUCUCCCGGGUGGCCCGGGUGUGUAAACGUGACAUGGGUGGCUCACCUCGGGCCUUGGAUCGCCACUGGACAUCUUUCCUCAAGCUACGGCUCAACUGCUCUGUCCCUGGGGACUCUGCCUUUUACUUUGACGUCUUACAGGCCUUGACUGGGCCCGUGAACUUGCAUGGCCGCUCUGCUCUCUUUGGGGUCUUCACUACCCAGACCAAUAGCAUCCCUGGCUCUGCAGUCUGCGCCUUCUACCUGGAUGAUAUUGAGCGUGGGUUUGAGGGCAAGUUCAAGGAGCAGAGGAGUCUGGAUGGGGCCUGGACCCCUGUGUCUGAAGACAGGGUCCCCUCACCCAGGCCAGGGUCCUGUGCAGGAGUGGGUGGAGCUGCCUUGUUCUCCUCCUCUCAAGAGCUACCUGAUGAUGUCCUGAUCUUCAUCAAGGCACACCCAUUGCUGGAUCCUGCUGUGCCACCUGCCACCCAUCAGCCUCUCCUCACUCUCACUAGCAGGGCUCUACUGACCCAGGUAGCUGUGGAUGGCAUGGCUGGUCCCCAUAGUAACACUACAGUCCUGUUUCUUGGCUCCAAUGAUGGGACAGUGCUGAAGGUGCUACCCCCAGGGGGACAAUCCCUGAGACCUGAACCUAUCAUACUGGAAGAGAUUGAUGCCUACAGCCCCUCCCGGUGUAGUGGGAAGCGGGCAGCCCAAGCAGCCCAACGGAUCCUAGGACUGGAGCUGGACACUGAGGGUCACAGACUCUUUGUGGCCUUCCCUGGUUGUAUCGUCUACCUCCCUCUUAGCCGCUGUGCCCGGCAUGGAGCCUGUCAGAGGAGCUGUCUGGCUUCUCAGGACCCAUACUGUGGAUGGCAUAGAUCCAGAGGCUGUGUGGAUAUCAGGGGACCUAGUGGGACUGAUGUGGAUCUGGCUGGAAACCAGGAAUCCAUGGAGCAUGGUGACUGCCAAGAUGGAGCUACUGGGAGUCAGUCUGGCCCUGGGGAUUCUGCUUAUGUGCUUCUUGGUCCUGGCCCUUCCCCUGAGACCCCCAGUUCCCCAAGUGAUGCCCACUCAGGGCCCCAGUCUUCCACUCUUGGAACUCACACGCAGGGCGUGCGCAGGGACCUUUCUCCAGCCUCAGCCUCCCGCUCCAUCCCCAUUCCACUUCUCCUGGCCAGUGUGGCCGCAGCCUUUGCCCUGGGCGCCUCGGUCUCCGGCCUCCUGGUUUCUUGUGUUUGUCGCCGCGAGCACCGGCGUCGGAGCAAGGACAUUGAGACCCCCGGGCUGCCGCGCCCGCUGUCCCUUCGCAGUCUGGCCCGGCUGCACGGUGGCGGUCCUGAGCCCCCGCCUCCACCCAAAGACGGAGACGCGGCACAGACACCCCAGCUCUACACUACCUUCCUGCCUCCUCCCGAGGGCGGACCCCCGCCAGAGCUGGCCUGUCUGCCCACGCCGGAGUCCACGCCCGAGCUGCCGGUCAAGCACCUCCGCGCCGCCGGGGGUCCCUGGGAGUGGAACCAGAACGGGAACAACGCCAAGGAGGGCCCGGGCCGCCCGCGCUGCUGCAGUGCCGCGGGCGGGCCCGCGCCGCGCGUGCUGGUGAGGCCGCCGCCGCCCGGCUGCCCGGGGCAGGCGGUGGAAGUGACCACGCUGGAGGAACUGCUGCGCUACCUGCACGGCCCGCAGCCGCCCCGGAAGGGCGCCGAGUCGCCCGCCCCGGCCCCGUUCACACCGCGGCCGCUCGUACAUGAGCCCAGCUCCGCCCCCGCCCUGUUCGCGGACUCCUGCCCGCUACCGCGGGACUGCGUGCCGCCUCUGAGGCUGGACGUGCCGCCCGAGGGCCAGUGCGCGGCUCCCAGUGCGCGGCCGGUGCUCUCAGCUCCCGCGCCCCGCUUGGGGGUUGGCGUCGGCCGCAGGCUGCCCUUCCCCACGCACCGUGCACCCCCUGCCCUGCUCACGCGAGUCCCCUCGGGGGGCAGCAGGUACUGCGGGGGACCCGGGAGGCACCUCCUGUACUUGAGCCGGCCCGAGGGCUGCCGCGGCCGCUCCCUGAAGAGGGUGGACGUCAAGUCCCCGUUGUCCCCCAAGCAGCAGGCUGUGCCGAACGGCAGCCACUUUAACUUCUAAAGCUGCCCGCGCCGGUCGAGGCGCGCUGGAGGCCCAAGCGCCCUAGGCCGCGCUCUCGCCCCGCACCUCGGUCCUUCCCGGACUGUCUCCAGGAUCCUUCCUCGCCUCGGGUUUAUUUAUUGACUGCCGACUGUCUUUGCCCGGUCCGAGACAGGGGGUGGGUGACAGCUCGUCCCCUCAGUGAGCCAGCAUUCGGGGUCGGGGGCGGGGAACUGUUCAACUCCCACUGCCCGCCCCCCUCCAGCCAAGCUGCCUUAACUCGCCGCCCCUCCGGGCUUCCACGGACUGCGCCCCGGGCAGGCCGGGGCUGGAGUCGCGCUGUGCAGAGUUCUCGGGCCUCCUGGGGCCGGGAUGUACCGCCUCCUACUGUGUAGGACUCGCUUCCCAAUACAGCUGUGUACCGAGCCGCUGCCUGCCUCUUCUCAAGGGGAGGGAAGGGAGCGCGGGUCUCCGCACUGAGCGCCUCUACCUCGCUGUCUGCCUUCACUCGGUCUGGCCUUAGGCGCUCUCCCGAGUAAUUGGCGUGGCAGCAGUCCCACCGGGGUUAAUCAGGAAAGGUUUCCUGAAGGAGGCAAGCGAAGAAAUGGUGUGUAGGGAUGAGCCGGGGCCCAGGAGAGCCACGGCGGAGAUGAGGUGGGGCUGCAGAAGGCACUCGGAGCACGGCUCUGGGCUGAGGUCAGGCACCUUUUCAUGGCCUACACUUUGGAGUAGGGGAGGAGAACGUUCGAAGAAAUAAAGAGAAGCUGCUGCGUGAUUUGAAUUUUACAUUAGGAAAUCUUGUAAAGAGAACUUUGCUCAGAAGAAUUUGGCGUGAGAGGUAGGGUGAAAAGAAUAAAGGAUGGGCCUUGCUGCGGGCAAGGCUUUGCUCCAGCAGUAAGUUCCCGGCGGAGCAGCUCGGCCUGGAGCGCGCGGCGGCAAAGCCCCCCUCCCGGAAUCUCCCAGCGGUGCCCGGUGCCGGGCUACAUCGACAACCGUCCGCAGGUCCCGGCGCUCCACUAAGGCUGCUGUGGCUGCACUACCUGCCCGUUAUCCUGGUUACCAAUGGGAGGGAUGGAUGGGCCCACUAGUCCCGCCCAUCGCCCUGGCGGUGGGAGCACUUCAGGCCUCGCGCCCUGAGGAUUUGCAAGCCCGGAAUUUCGCCGUCGCGUGGUGGCAGAAUCCGGCCAGCUCCAGCUCCAGGCCGCUGGGCGUUGGCGCCUCCUGGAGGUUAGACCAAGCCCUGCAGUUGUCGAAAGCGCCAGUUCUUAACGUGAAAUGAUCUCCUGGGCGAAGUGUUGAGAACAAUUUCGCCUAAAAAAUCUGAGUUUAUUUUUGCCUCCCUACCUUUCCUACUUGAGAGAACAACUCUGCCCUAAGCCUCUUUUCUCAUCUGGAGAAGAAAGCGUGAGUCUCUCGCUUAGGAUGUCUCUCUUGCCCAACUUUGCGAUCUGCUUUUACAAGAUAAUCGUGUUGCCUUUGAGUUACAAAUUCGAUUUACAGAUUUUUAACCCUCUGAACGUCCCUUUUAAGGCAUCUCAGUUCAUCUUAAGCUUUUUGGGCAUAGUCCUCCAGAGUUAAAUCUCCUUUUGCAUGGCGCUUUCUCAUCAGGUUAGGGUGGUCCUUUAGCUCUGGUUAUUCCUUAGCCUUGGCGCGCACCUGUAAAUGAGGUAUGAGGAUCUUGAAUUCAGGCUGCAUAGCUAGUCUCUUUAAAAAGAUAAAGGUGUUGGCUCAAAAUGGCUCAACAGGGAAAGUACUUGCUGGGCAAGCUUGAGGACCUGAGUUCGAUCCAAGGUAGAGAGAACCGACUCCCCAAAUCGUCCCCUGACCUCCACGUUUUCCAUCAUGUCCCCCAAAUCAUAUAAUAACUAAUAAAAAUUUUAAGCCGGG